AUGUCGAUAUUGACAAAAGAUUUGAUAUUCAGUAAAACAAGCGCAAAGUCACUGGCUGACGUUAAGAAUCUGAAUCUGUGGGGCUGCGAGCUGGUGAACGUUAGUUUAUUGAAGAAGUGUCCUAACCUUGAGGUGUUAAGUUUGAGUGUUAAUAAUUUGACAACGUUAGAUGAACUGUCGGAAUGCAAGAAUUUGACCGAACUAUAUUUACGUAAGAAUUACAUAUCCGACAUAAACCAAGUGAAGCACCUGACAUCACUACGUAAACUAGAAAUAUUAUGGCUUUGUGACAACCCAUGCUCAGAGGACUAUGAGCAGUACAGAUAUGCAGUCCUUAGUUAUCUACCAUGGCUCAGGCAGUUAGAUCACCAAGAUGUCGACGACGAAGAAGUUUUUGCAUCAAUGAACGCAUCAAUAUCAACCAAACCACGUCGCAAACCACUUGUCAAAACAAAACAAUCAUUCAGCAGAUCAUCGUCUUCAGACAAUGAAAGAAGCGAAAGAAUAUACUCGGAUAUAAAUAUCAACAACUCCAUAACAAACGUUCUCAUACCACCAAUUACGAUCAAGUCCAAACAAAUUACGUCAAAAGCAGUUGAUAUUGGACAUACAAAAACACGAUCUUUGAGAGGAUCUGACAUUGAAAUGAGCAAAAGUCUUUCCAAAACACCUACUAAUCGAUCACGAUUAACCCGCUCGUCACUACUCUUGUCAGAGAAAUCACUGUCGAAAUCACCCUCGUCUCUCCAACAUUCGAUUCCGUUGACUCGGUCCAUCACUCACUCGCCAACUCGAAUUCCCAUAUCUCGAUCACAAUCUCCAGCGCUCUCGGCUGGUGUCAGAACGCCGCCUCGGCAAAAAACAACGACGGGUGCAAAAACGCCUACCGGAAUUAUCUCACCGAAAAGGUCGUUAUCUCCCGCUCCAGUUAGAUCGGGUAGGCAGACACCAGUGGAUGUUCGAGGCAGACUUGGAGCACAAUCUCCAGCGGUGAGUGAACGCAGUAGCAGGGCACGUACCCCAGAUGUCGGUGAAUUGAAAGGAGCAAUGUCACCGAUCGUUGUGGUGGAUGAUACGAGUUUGAGUGGGAAAGCAAGGUCUUUAAUGGUUGGCGGGGAAAUGAGUAGGAGUCUUUCUAGAACGCCCGAGCUCAAAUUGGAUCAUGACGACGGCAUGUUUGAAAGCAAGAAAGGCAAGGCACAGUCGAAUGCUUUGACGGCAGUUCUGGCAUUGUUAGACGAUUUGUCAGAUAAAGAAAUUCUGACUGUUCAGCGUAAACUCCGGCUUAUUAUACUAAACAAACAGGGACAACCAAACUAA